UACAAAUAUAGUAGAAAAAUAUGUAUAACGUGUGCUAAGUAUCUAUAUGUUGUAGAACAGUAACAAAUUUACAGCGCUCUUUAGAGUAUUUCUGAUCAACUAUUGUAGUACUGAGGAAUUGUUUCGCUACGAGCACGCGCGAGAGGUAUCCGCAACGAUUUUACCGGGGGUCAGGUCAGGUGAUUCUCACACAUAAAGGAGAUUAGAAAUGGUCUAUUUCCUAGAGACAUUGGUAAAGAGGUCCAUUGCCAUCACUUACUGUCAUCGAACCUUAUGAAACACAACGACUUAAGCAGAGAGAAUUUUGUGACUGGCAUGUCAUGUGUGAUAAAUCCGCGUAACAGUGUCACGGUUCAGUUCCUACACCAAGCUGACUGUCGUUAAAGCUAUAACAGUUUACGUCAUGCUUAGAGCCAAGGAGUUAAAGCUAUCCGAGGAGACUGACUCUACAGCAAAAUACUGAACAAGAUAAAAGACAGAAAUAAAAUUUGUCUAGGAUGGACGAUUUUUUGGCUAACAACAAGAUGUUGAUGAAACAGCAGUCUCUAAAUGCCAGUCAUGUAAUAUUUUCUUUACGACGACGACUACGAGAACAAGACCAACUUAUAAUCCAUCUUUGUAGUGAAAGAGAUCGUGUUAUAAGAGAAAUACUUUCUAGUUUACUUUUUAUAGAAGGCGAACUUAGAAAAGAACAAAAAGAGAUCGUUUCUAUACUGAAAGAAAAAGAUCGCAUUAUACAAAAGACACAAAAGGAGCUGGAGUAUUGGAGGACACGUUUUAUAUAUCAUGAGAAUCAAGGCACAUGGGAAAACUCUGCUACACCAAUAUCUGAAAAUCAAAUGUCUCAGCUCAUUCAAAAUAGCCUGGCACAGUAUGUAAACGAUAAGCCGGAUCCUCUAAAAAAAUCAGAUGCUAAUAGUUCGUGCAAUAACGAUGAACUGUUUAUAAAUGAACUUUCAGCCAUUGACACCGUGGAAUAUACUACAAGUGAUACAGAGGAAGUUAAGCACAAAAUAGACUCCACAGAAACGAGUCUUGCUCAGAGUAACGAAUUUUUGAAACAGAAUAUUGAGAGUGAAACAGAAGGCCUCUCUGACGCCGAAUCCAUUGUAGAUUAUUACUUGGAUCAACAGCCACAAGAAUUAGAUAAUUUUGAAAAGGAUCAGGCUAAAAGUAAGCUUUCUCGAAGGAGAUACCUGUUACAUGGCAGUUACGAAAGGCUGACAGAUAUUGGACAGAUGGGAGAAAAGCUUUUAAGCAACCAAUUUAAAAGAAUCUUGAGCAAUCAUCGAUCAGUAGUAAGACCAAGAGAUGUAAAAUACAAGAAAAUCUCUCGAUCUCGCACGCAGGCUUUCGAGGAAUUGAAGAGCAAAUUACGACACAUCAGUGAACCACGUCUGUAAAAUCUUUAAUGUAAUAAUUUGUUGAGUUUUGGUGGAGGUAUGAUUAACCUUUUUUUUUCAUUUAUCUAGUCUAUAAAAUAAGUUUAUUACGUACAACUGUAUUUUUUAAAUCAACUUUGUUCCUAUUAGAACAGUAAACUGCACACGUACAUUUAAUAUAUAUGUAUAUAUAUAUGUUAUGUAUACAGAAAUUGCCAUAUUUUCUCCCCUUUUUUGUUGGCAUGCUAUAUUAAAAAUGAAAAUAUUUCAUGAGUCUCGACACAUUGAUAUUCAUUUACAAUAUUGUUUAUGAUAAUGUAGAUAAUUUAAAUCAAGCCGUUUACUGAAAAAGUUAAAUUAUUCGUUUAUGUAACCAUCAACUCUGACUGCUUACUGACAUCCUGAACUUUGCAAUUACUAGACGUAGAACUCCAAUAGUUACACUUAAUUCUUUAUUAAGGAAAAACAUGAUGAAUGGAUAUUUUAUUCAUCCUAAUAUUACAUCUGAAAGAUUAAGGGAUAAUGUGUCUUUAAAUAAUAAACAGUUAAGUAAAAUUGGAAACAAGCUUUAGUUACACAGUAAAAACAAUGAAAAAGAUAUAUAUAAUGAAUAGUUAAUAAUGUUAUUUUUUUAAUAUUCAAGGACACUGGAUUUCGUAGUCGGAUUUAAGAUGACGUUUUUUAUGGUUUCUUACUGACUUUCACCAAUAGAUGGCACUAAUUAAGAAUUACAUUAUGCGGAACUGUAAAAAAAAAAAAA